AGUCGAAGAUCGAAAUGGAGCUGCCAGGAGUCCUGGGUUUGAUUCUGAGCAUCAUUAUCCCUUUGGGAUCCCUGGGAGCUGUCCACGAUGAGCUGCCCCAGUGCGGUUUGCACGGUGUCUACAGGCAGCGCCAGAGUCUCGUGGAGUCGCCCAACUAUCCGGACAACUAUCCGGUGAACACCUGCUGGGACUAUGUGGUGCGAUCCCCCUACCGAUGCCCCACCAAGUUCCACAUCCAGUUCCUGGACUUCAAGCUGGAGCUCUCGGAGAACUGCAGCAGGGAUUACCUGGCCAUUGGCUUGGACAACGAUGGUGAUGACAUGGACGUGUUGUGCGGUCAGGUGCUGGGCAUCAAGAAGUAUCACACACCCGAUGGAGUCCUGCGUCUGCGGUUCCUCAGCGAUGACUCACCCUGGACUACAAAUGGUGGCUUCCGCCUGCUCAUCACUCGUUUGGCCUGCGAAAGGGAGGAUUUGGUGGCCAGGGGUCUCGACGAGGAUGAGGAGGAUGUGGACGGGGACACGGUGCAAGUGAUUUCUAAGUCGCCUCCCAAGAAGCUGCACCACCACCAUCACCAGCAGCAGCAGCAGCAGCAGCAAUCCCCACAACAGCAAGAGCAGCCAGCUUUCAACUAUACGCAAAAUCGCUUGGGUUUCAUUCCGGGUUUGUCACCUGGUUUGGGUUAUCCUGCCGGAUUUUAUCCACCGCCAGCAGGAUUAUACCCCCAGCCUGUUGCGCCACCUUGUGCUCCACAGCAGCAGCAACUGUUGCAGCAACAGGAGCAGCAGCGACAACAGCAGCAAUUUUUGCAGCAACAACAUCUCCUGCAGCAGCAACAAUUUCCACAGCAGCAACUGCAACAGCAGAUCCUGCAGCAACAGCAACUGCAGCAGCAACAACUACAGCAGCAGUUCCCGCAGCAACUUCUGGUGCCCCAGCAGCAACAGCAGGAGUUGCCCCUAAUUUCUGACCAGUAUCAGACCACAUCCUUUCAACCGCAUACAGUCACUCUCAAGGAUUACGAUUCCCAGACCUUACAGCAGUUUGGAGGGCAGUUGGAUAUCUGCUGUGCCAGCAGCUUCAAUCAGAAUCACUUUUACCUCUCCAGUCCGGGAUUUCCCAGAACCGUACUCAACUAUCUGCUGCCCAGUCAGCAAAGAGAUUGUGUUUUUUACAUAGAAAAAAGCUCGCCCAAUGUCUGCCGUUUGAGGAUUCAGUUUAAGUACUUUGAUUUCGGCCACAAUUCAGGAGGUUCUGUUGGAGGCGGCUUUGGAGGAGGAGGUGGAUUCAAUGGCGGAGGUGGAUUCAAUGGCGGAGGUGGAUUCAAUGGCGGAGGUGGAUUCAAUGGAGGAGGUUUUGGAGGUCAGCAAAACUGCAACGAUGACUUCCUCGAACUAGAUGGCCACCGAUACUGCGGCUGUCGCUCGGGAUAUAUCCACAAAUCACACUGGGAUCAGGGUCGCAAGGCGCUGCGCAUGCGCAUUGGACAGUCGAGCAGCACCUCCUCCAAUGGCUUCCUGCUGGAGAUAUUCCAGGAUCAGGACUCGGAUGGCUGUCGGCAAGAUGCACACUCUGGAUUUGGACUAGGUCAGCAGCAGCAGCAGCAGCCACAGCAACCUCAAAGGGGCUUGGGCCUGUGGCCCCAAGUGGGCUUGCAACCUCAACUGGGCAUAGCCCCGCAAACACCGCCGAUAUGGCCUGGAUAUCCUGGCUUUGUCAGUGGUUAUCCCUUGCCCUUCACGGCUACUCCGUACCGAACUGCCAGAAGGAUCUCCUAUGCCCGCGGAAUCGAUGCCCAGCAGCCUUCGAGAGUGGUGGAAACGAACUCCACUCGCAAGGAAUUUUACUACUACGAUGGCGACGAGGCCUUCGCUCGUUCCGCUCUGGAUGAUGAGGAUGAGGACAAGGCCUCCUUGGGGGUCACAACUCAAUCACAAUCCCUUUCCAAGCCCGAAUCUCCAGUGGUCACAAAGGCCUUCGAGCAGAGCAGCUGCUCCUUUGAUUACAUGGAGGUCCUUAAACUCUCCGUCGACACGCUCUGGCUGACCAAACCCUUGUGUUUUUCACCUCUGAGAAGCUGGUUUCCCAAUAUUUUUGGCUGAAAGGUAAAUAAAAGUCAUAACAUUUAUGUAGCCGAAAAUUGCUUAAAUUGUGCAAAAGAUUUCUGAACCAAUAAAAAAAUAGACAAUUUUAUAAAUAGUUAAACUAUUUUUUAAUUGGAUUACUUUUUUGAUAACAACUUAAUUACAGGAAGUUGUAUUACUGAAAAUAGGUUUACGGAU